AUGAUGCGUCAGUUCCACGGCGGCAUGAUGGCGCGAGUCACGGACAAUGGAGCUGUCUCAGAGACAUUCGCAGUGACCAACGGAGUGAAGCAGGGCUGCGUCCUCGCGCCCACUCUCUUCAGCCUUAUGUUCUCUGCCACGCUGAUGGACGCCUGCCGUGACGAACGCCCUGGGAUCCUCAUCGCUUACAGGACGGACGGCAAACUCCUUUACCACUGGCGGAUGGACUUCCAGUCGCGGGUAUCCGAAACCACCGUCCAUGAACUUCUCUUAGCCGACGACUGCGCCCUCAACACCACCAUGGAAGGGGACAUGCAAAAGAGCAUGGAUCCCUUCGCCGCCGCCUGCGACAACUUCGGCCUGGUCAUCAACACCGAGAGGACUGUGAUCAUGAAUCAACCGCCACCCAACGCUGCCUACGUCGCACCCCAACUCAAUGUGAACGGUGCCCAACCGCAAGUCGCGGACAACUGCUACUUCCUGUGCAGCACCCUUUCCCGCACCACCAAGACCGACGAUGAAGUGGCCCGUCGGAUUUCCACAGCUAGUCGAGCCAUCGGCCGUCUGCAAAGCACAGUCUAG